CGGACACGGCGGAAAUGCACGGGUGAACCAAUCGCAGAGGGUCUGGGCGGGACUUCCCGCACCGGCAGACUGACGGAAGGCGCGCGGAUCGAGGAGACAGAAGAUGGCGGCUAGUGGGAUUUUGAUCGGCGACAAGUUAUACUCUAGUAUUGCUCUCACCCUAGAAAACUGCCUGAUUUCCGAUGAAAAACUUUCUCUAACUGCUUCAAUUACGGAUGGAUUGGAUCGGGAGGUGGAAACCGACCUGCGAAUCGUGGGAUGCGAGUUAAUCCAAGCCGCCGGCAUUUUGCUGAAACUACCUCAGGUGGCAAUGGCAACUGGGCAAGUUUUAUUUCAGCGGUUCUUCUAUUCAAAAUCCUUUGUGAAACAUCCCAUGGAGAUAUUAUCGAUGGCUUGUGUUCAUUUGGCCUCCAAAAUCGAGGAAGAUCCCAGGCGCAUUCGAGACGUUAUCAAUGUGUUUCAUCAUUUAAGAAAACUCAGGGAGAAGAAACCUCCUGUGCCACUUCUUUUGGAUCAGAGUUAUGUCAACCUAAAGAACCAAGUCAUCAAGGCAGAAAGACGAGUGCUAAAGGAGCUGGGAUUCUGUGUUCAUGUCAAGCAUCCACAUAAGAUUAUCGUAAUGUACCUUCAGGUGUUAGAAUGUGAACGUAACCGGCCUCUGGUCCAGACUGCAUGGGUAGACCCUGAUGGUAAGUGACUAAGACUUCUGAACUGCCCUCCAAGCACUUUGAUGCCAGGAUGGCCCUAACUGGCUGCCACUUUGAACCAAUCCAUUGCAGGUUCUUCUCCAAGAAGGCUGACUGUCUAGUGAGAGGUGGUAUAUAGUAACUGGCCAACUGCUUCUUGUGUUAAACAAAUAUUUCUUUAAUUAAUGGAAAUUUAAAAUACGUAUUUUAUAAAUAUUAUUAAAUUUUAAAAUAAUAAUUUUGUAUCUGUAAUUUUAAUGUGUACAUGUCAUUUGAUUAGAAGAAAGUGUAACUUAUUAAUUGCUGUAACAGAAGAAAACCUAAUCAAAGACUGUUGAUGAGACUGUUGAAACUCUUCUGACUGUUGUGCAGCAACUGUGAUAUCUUGCAGCUUCUCGAUUUCUGAUUUGGCUGAAUCUUGAUUACUGGAACUGUCAAGAAGAAUGAUUCUCUGCCAUUAUUCCUGAAGAAGCCUGGGGAGAAUUGAACGUGCUGCCACGAGUAUUUGGAUCAAAUGUGACAAUUACUAACGAGCACAUCCGUGAUAAUCUGAUUAUGUGGCCCAUAAAAUGGGAUAAGGACUACUACCAAGUGUACAAAAAAAUUGGUCAUGUCAAUCUUUAUUCUGUACAGAUGUGAGAAGAUGACUGGAAUAUUGUGACAAGAACAAUGCCAGUGCAUGGAAAGUUAUUUAUUUUGUAGAUUACAUGCAUUGUGAUCAAGGAGACCAACUAUUUCAAGGUUUUCAUUAAAUGUGGUUAUUUUAAGUAUGUCUUAAUUUUACAUUGCAUGUCUUGAGUUGUAUUGGUUUAUCACAUGAGAGCAGGCCAGUGUCAGCUCCGAGGUUAAAAUGGGUUCUCUGCAGUUUACUUUUAUUUUGUGUUCAUUACCAUACAGGGCUCAAAAUGCUUUAUGUAAUAUCUGUUGAUAAUUGUUAGAUUACUUAUUCAAUCUGAUUACAGAAAAAUAAACUUCUGAUCAUACUUUUUAACUAAGAGUUUACAGCAAAAAGUAAUUGUGGGAUUUUAGUAAAAAAAAAUGUGAUCAUUUACAAAUAAUGCAUUGCAAGCAGCAACCUGGUCUCCAGUGUCUAAUGGUAUUGGAAACCUGGCAUUUGAUUUACAAUGUUAUAGGCAAUUCAGGAAAUCAGUUUGAACACCUGUGGAAAUUAUUUGGAUUCCAGAGAAUUUUGGAACAAAUUUUUCAGUAUGAUAUAUGUAUGAUAUUUUUCAGUAUGAUUUAAAAUAGCUCAGUAAAUGUUCAAUUCACUGUAUAAUAUUGAUAAAUCUAUUUCAUAUCUGCUUAAUCUAAAGAUUAACUAGUGUGUUGGAACUGUAAAGGGUUGGAUCCGUAUGUCCCAGAGUAGUUUAAUUUGUAUUUUAAGAAUCUGCCAAGUACACAGAUAUUAUUUGCUUACACCAUAAAACUCCUAGAGGAUACAGAUAUUGUACGGGUAUUUUGUCUGAAUGAGCAAAUAUUAUGUCAAUCUGCAUCUUUGAAAAGCAUUGGUCAUCCCCAGAUUUUUUAGUUAAUCAACGUUAUUGGUUGAGUUAAAACAGUAGCAGAAAAUUGAGCAUUUUGAACCCUGUUUGGCUCUUUAAUUUUCGAUUUAAACCAGUUAUUCUGAGAAAUUAGUAGUAUAUUGGGUGGGCUGCCGCAACGUUUUUAUUAUCUAUUUCAGGAAUUAUAUGAAUGACAGUCUGCGGACAGAUGUGUUUGUCCGGUACCAUCCAGAGACCAUUGCCUGUGCCUGUAUCUACUUGUCUGCUAGGGCACUUGAGAUCCCACUUCCAAAUCGUCCCCAUUGGUUUUUAUUAUUUGGGACCAGUGAAGAAGAAAUGAGGGAGAUCUGUGUUAAAAUCUUAAAGCUCUACACCAGGAAAAAGGCAAACUUGGACUUCCUUGACAGUGAAGUUGAAAAGCGGAAAGUGGCUCUUCAAGAAGCAAAAGCAAAAGCUAAGGGCCUUUUGCCAGAUGGUACCCCUGCUUUAGAGGCCCCACCUGGCUUCUCUCCAUCUUCAAAGCCAGAUUCUCCAAAGGAUGGUAAAUUUGAAAAACCUUCACCACUGUCCAUUCAAGCAAUGAAGAAUGCUCGAAGAAAACUGGAUGAGGAAGAAAAAUGGCCCCGAUCUACUAGUCCGUUAAAUGGUGUUCAAAAAGGGAAAAACAGCCGAAGUCGAAGCAGAAGCAAAGAUCGUAGUUAUUCGCGAUCUCGCUCCAGGUCGCAUUCCCCGAGGAGGCGAAGAACGAGAAGUCGCUCAGGAUCUAACAGCUCUCAAUCCCACAGCCAUUCAAGAAGUCGCAGUGAUUCCCCUCCACAACGACACAAACGAAACUCUCCUUACAUUGGCAGACAAAAAGCAAAGGAAUAUGAUGAUAUACGAGAAUACAAAUAUAAUUCCCACAAACGCAGGCGAUCACACAGCAGGAGCUUCAGUAAAAGUUUGUCAAGAUCCAGAAGCAGAUCCAGAGAGCGUUUGGAUUUUCCUCGGAAGCACAAAGAAAGUCGAAGUCACCAUAGAGAACGAAGGCAUGAUCCAUCUCGAUCUUAUGAAAGAUCCGCAAAACAUCACAACAGUCACUCUAGUCAUACUAGACACAGACGGUGAUGGACUCGGCCUGCAUCUUUGUUGUUGGCAUUGCCUUGUAUUACUCCAGGAUUUAUACAUAAUCUCUAAACUGUUAGAGAUUUAAAUAGGUUCUUUUCUGUAAAUUGCACUGCUAAUUUUGUAGUUUUCUGAAGGCAGAUGCAGUGGCUCCUGCUGACAAUAGUGUCUCGCCUAGAGCUGAUCACUUUCAUAUUCAAUUUUCUGAAACUUUGGUGAUGUACAGGUUUACAGUCUUGUGUUAUUUCAGGGUUUAUUUAUUUUUAAUUUGCCAGUGUUAAAUGUGAUUUCAAAUUUGCUUUCUGAUUGUAUAUAAGGUCAUAAACAUGUAUGUGCAUGUUUCUGUGUUGGGGCAAGAGCAAGAGAGAGAGUGAGAGUGUCCUUUGUGUUUCUUUCAGUUCAUUGCACAUUUUUGGCACUUUUAAAGGUGUGCCCAGUCAGGUGCCAAUUUCAUAUAAAAAAUAAUUUUAAAUCCCUUUUAAAUGUGUAAUUACUUACCAUCUGUUAUCUUAUACUCAGUCCCAGCUAUAAUACUUGGAUUGCUGUUAUAUUUUUAAGGAUUCAUGGCUACUUCUCAUUGCUGCUGCAUAUAUACAUUUUUUAAAGAAAGUAGCCAUGCUCUUUGCAGUUAUGUAAAAUACCAUAAUAUUUUUAUUUGGGAAAUAAUGUACCUGAGUGGUUAUUUGUUUUUUGUAAAGAGAUUUUCUUUUUUUUGAGGGGAUUGGUUAUUCACCACUGAUAAUUGUCUAUUCAAGUGUAUAUGUUCUGUUCUAUUAAUAGAAUAAAUUGCUUAACCAGGAGAUACUGUACAUAGGCCUUUUAAUGUAGUGCAGUGAACAUACAUGUGCCUUGAAUAUGUACGUUUUAUGAACUACAACUGGGAUUUGAAUAUGCAUAUACUGUAAAUAAAUUUUUUAACAAACAAA